CAAUAGUCCGCGGCGGUCGCCACAAGAUCAAGACGUCGGUAAUAUAUGCGUGCAUAUUUUAAAGCAGAAACAAGAAAAUGGCUUCGUCCCAGCACAUCCUUACCAUUGAAGACGAAGUGCACAAAGUCGACGAGAGUAAAAUGGAUAUCAAGAUUGAAUCGGACAAGUUUGGCAAGACCAUCAAAUUCACGAUGUUUAGAGGCCGCCACUACCUACCAGCAUAUGCGUCGUCAGUCCUCGAACAAAUAAAAAAUGUUUCCAUGAGGCCUGAUGACAUUUACUUCCCUGCUUAUCCAAGAACAGGAACUCACUGGGUCUACGAAAUGGCGAACAUGCUCUUGGCAGGCAAGGCUGAAACCAUUCAGCAAUUCAAGGGGAAGCUGCAAUUAGAGCUUGUGACGAACGAGAGUUUGAGUAAGCUACCUUCCCCAAGGGUUAUAAAUACCCACUUCCGGUUGCCCGAUGCACCCUGGGAGGUGAAGGAAAAGAAGUGCAAGAUGAUCUACAAUCUUAGAGAUCCGAGAGACGUGGCUGUGUCUAUGUAUCACGCCUAUAUCGAUCUGAAGGUUUCUGAAUGCCAGUGCUCUUUUGAGGGUUUCUUGUAUCUGUUUCUGGAAGGAAAAGUUGAAGCCGGUGGCCUAUUCGAUCACUGGCUUGCUGCUGAGGACUUUUUCAAAGAGAAUCCAGACAUUCCUGUUUAUUUUCACAUCUAUGAAGAAAGUCAAAUGAAUCCUCUGUUGGCUGUUCAACGCCUCUCUGAUUUUCUUGGUCUACCAAGAAACGAUGAACUGUGCCAAGCGAUUGCUGACAAAUGCCAGUUUUCCAACAUGAGAAGAGACAAAGACCAAUUCUCCGUUAAAGCUGACGGGGAAAACGUGAUGUAUCGUAAAGGUACUGUCGGUGACUGGAAGAACUACUUCACAGACCAAAUGUUGGAGGAUUACUAUCGGGUGUAUGAAGAAAAGAUGGCCGGCUCGCGAUUCUACGAACUAUACGCUCGAAACACAUGAGAAUACCUCAUGUCUUGCGUAUAUCCAAUCCCUGGCUCCGCGAUGAAAUUUCAUCGACAAGUGAAUUGAAAACAUACCUGUGACAUAUUUAUCUUAAUGCAAAAACUGUAGGUUUGGAGAAUCGAAUUGUAUGCCAUAUGCUUGUACAAUAAACCAGUACAAAAGUU